AUGGCCAACGAGCUCCUCAUCAACACCACAAUCUCCGCACUGGCCCUAAAUCAGCGAUUCGACACCGUCAACGGAACAGAGACCCGCACCUUCAACAUCUACCGCUUCGAGAACAAACUCGCCUUCUUCCUACCAUACGGUCUCUCACUCGCCCUAGCGAUACCAAUCUUAGUACUAGGGCUCAUAGCUCUCUACGUCCAAAACCACGGCGUCUCAGCUAUCAGUGGAGGUUUCAUGCAGCUUCUCAUGACGACUACUGGACGCGGUUCACUCGAAGCGGUCGUUACGAGAGGUUCAGGUACGCUGGGCGGAUAUGACAAUGUUUCGGAAGAGCUGCGUGGGAUGGAGGUUAGAUUUGGAGAGCUGGCUGAAGUCAGAGGGGAAGAAGUUAAGGAGACAGAUUUCCUUCUGAGAAGGCAUGAUGAGCAAGUCGAUGUGCAGAACGUUGACAGCUCACAGGCAGGUGUGCAGACUACGUCCGGAACAGAGUGGUUCGAGAACAGCGUUUCUGUAGCGCGAAGAGCCGGCUUCGGCACAGUCGACGAAGUGAUACCAUUCGAGAAGAACGCAGAACAGUAG